AGGGCGCAGCCGUGGAAACUCCCGAGGAAUCGAAGGGAAACGCAGUAAGCAGCAAGAUCCCAGAAAACGCCAGAACAAUUUUGCAAGUGAAUAGCACCGGGAAGGGAGAGGAAGUGGCGAGUAACGUGAUGAAAGCAAAGAAGAACGACAAAAAUGGGGGAGAAGGCAGAAUGGAAGAGCAUGGAGAGACCCCGCGACCCGAAAAAUUCUCUCUUCCGCCACAUGUCGCAGGUACGAAUGGUAUGGUCGGUGUGUCAAGGUGCCAGCAACCUCCAGAAACAGGUCCUUGCCGGGCAUCUUUCCUCAUGUGGGCGUACAAUGCCUCUUCAGGGACUUGUGUCACCUUCACCUACGGAGGCUGCUUGGGCAAUGAGAACAAUUUUAAGACUGAACACCAGUGUUCAGCGGCGUGUCCAGACGAAGUCCCCUGCCCGGAGGACGCAAGUAAAGUGUGUCGCGUGUCGGAGACGUCCUGCAGAAACGCCUCUUGCCCCGGGGACGAGCUCGCCGCCUGCCGUGUCACGCCAUGCACGUGCGACGUGUCCUUCGUGAGCGAGGACGGCGAGGAGGUCGACUGCCACAAGGCCGUCGACGCUGCAGACGGCCCUGAAGGUCGAGGGAGCGACAUCGACUUGGCAGACGGCAGCGGCGGGAUGAAGCCUACCGAAGCAUCUAGAGCUGGCGAUAGCGGCGACGGAGGAGCGAGAGAGAAGGACAACCUGGAGAGAGACAAGGCGAAGAACAAAGCCAUGGUGGACGAAGAAGAGGCGACUGAAAUACUGCCCGGCAACUGCAUAAUGAAUUAG